GACGCGUUCCUUUACGCACAUACACGAACAAAAAAAAUGUAAAAAAUAAAUUAAAACUCGUGUUUAAUCGGAAUUAAAUUACCAAAAACAUAAAUAAACUUAAUAAUAGUGCUCAAAGUGAUAAUAUAACAAAACGUGUGAAAUGUUUUAACAAAUUAUGAAAUUUGUGUGUGGAAUAAACAGUUUACUGACGUGCAUUCUGAGUAGUAAUGAAACGUUCUUGAAUGAAAUAUUUUUUUAUUUUUAGGACAUAGUAAAUUAUAUUUCAAUUAUGGACAUUAUUUGUAAAAUAAUUCGUAUUUAAUGGAAUAAGAACAAACCUACUAUUAUAAUUAGUGGAUACAAAAUUAAUGAUAUGUCAUUGCUUUGUUUGAAGAGCAGGAAGUUUACGCCAAAAAGUGCGACUGCGCACUGGCCAAAUUAGUAGUGUGAAAGAAAAUGGCGAUCAGCGAAAGGCGUCCGGAGUUAACGUGAUGAAAAACAUUGUUAAAAGCUCAAUUACAUAGUGUUAUAGUUAUUAAUUGUGUCAGAUGUAGAUUAAUUAAGUGUUAAUGAAUAGUGAUUGUGUAUAAAAAUGGCUGCGAAUAUGUACAGAGUCGGCGACUGCGUCUAUUUCGAGACGUCGUCGACGUCUCCGUACCAGAUCCGACGGAUAGAAGAGCUGAACAAGACGCCGUCUGGGAACGUGGAAGCAAAAGUCAUGUGCUUCUACAGGCGGCGAGACCUUCCAAAUCCCCUUAUACAGUUAGCUGAUAAGCAUCAAAUGGCCCAGUCGGAAGACUCACCAAUCGCGAUGAAACUCAAGAAAAUAUGCCUUAAAACGCCGGUCGGCGAAGAACAAGCAGCACAAGCAGUUCUCGACCCUGCGCUAGCGGCGAUGGAGGAGGAAUCUAGCGAGUUGCCAGGCACGGACGGCCUGGCGCCCAAACAGCGACACCAGGCGAAACACCGGGAGCUGUUCUUAUCUCGGCACGUGGAAACAUUGCCGGCAACACACAUACGCGGCAAGUGCACCGUCACGUUGCUCAACGAGACGGAGUCGCUGCUCAGCUAUCUCAAUAAGGAUGACGCAUUUUUUUAUUGUUUAGUAUUUGAUCCUUCACAAAAGACUUUAUUAGCAGAUAAGGGAGAAAUCAGAGUUGGAAGUAGAUAUCAGACUGAAGUAACUAAUUUAUUAAAAGAUGGCGAGGAGGACGUCCGCAACAGUGAGGAGUUGGAGACGCUGGUGUGGACGCCGGAGCACGGGCUGACGGACCGACAGAUCGACCAGUUCCUGGUGGUGUCGCGCUCCGUCGGCACCUUCGCGCGCGCCCUGGACUGCUCCUCCUCCGUCAAGCAACCUUCGCUGCACAUGUCCGCCGCCGCAGCCAGCCGAGACAUCACACUCUUCCACGCGAUGGAUACCCUGCACAAAUCAGGCUACAGCAUAGAGUCUGCUCUGUCCUCGCUAGUGCCCGCAUCGGGCCCAGUACUCUGUCGCGACGAGAUGGAAGAGUGGUCUGCCUCCGAGGCCAAUCUCUUCGAGGAGGCGCUUGACAAGUACGGCAAGGACUUCGCUGAUAUACGGCAGGACUUUUUGCCAUGGAAGACGCUAAAGAACCUUGUAGAGUACUACUACAUGUGGAAGACGACGGACCGCUACGUUCAACAGAAACGCGUCAAGGCGGUGGAGGCCGAGUCCAAGUUGAAACAAGUGUACAUUCCCAACUACAACAAGCCGAACCCGGCCCUGAUAACUAGCAACAGUAGCAGCGGCAAGGCGCCCGCCGUCCUCAACGGAGGCACCAACGGCACCGCCACCGUCACCGCCGCGCAACUCUGCGCCUCCUGCCAAGUGACAAAUUCUAACCAGUGGUACACAUGGGGACCGCAGCAUUUACAAUACAGACUAUGCGGCUCAUGCUGGCAAUACUGGAAAAAGUAUGGAGGUCUCAAGACCGCUGGAGUUUUCGGCGAGACCGAAGUAGAAGCCGCGAAAGGUCCUCGCGGUGAGGGCGAAGACACCGCACUGUCUGUGUCUCAUCGCCCACAUCGUUGUACUGUUCUUAAUUGCGCUAAGGAGUUCAAAUUGCGCGCGCACCUGGCUCGGCACGUGGCGACAGCGCACGGCAGCGGCGAGGGCGCGCGGCCCGUCAUGAAGACGCGCGCCGCCUUCUACCUGCGCGCCUCGCCCUUCACGCGCCUCGCUCGCCGCCUCACGCGCGCGCUGCGCCGCCCGCGCCACUACGCGCGCUCGCCCUUCUCGCCCAUCAACCUGACGCAGGUGAAGCACGAGUGCAGCGCCGCCAUGGCGGGGCUCGGCGCCGCCGAGCUGCGCGCGGCCGGCGCUGCGGCGGGCGCGGCCCGCGUCCGCGGCCCCGUGGGCGCCGUGGCGGCGCGCCUGGCCGCGGCCCGCGGCACGCCGCCGGCCACGGGCCGCCACGACUGGCUGACGCUGACGCCGCGCGACGCCAUGCCGCACCCGCCACACGUCGCCUUCCCCAAGCCGCCUAAGGCGCCCGAUGGCAGCCUGAUGUAUGAACGUGUAUUGUCACGCGCUGAAAUAGAAGCCCGCCGUGCGGAAGCUGCGCCGGCGCAACCUCUAAAACGACGCGCCUACGAUGACAUAAAUGGCCUCGACAGAGGCGCGCGCGAGGGCGGCGAGUGCGCGGCGCCGCCGCCGGCCAAGCGGCCCAACAAGCACCCGGCGCCCAUGCAGCGGCCCUCCCGCGAGCAGUACGCCGCCAUGUGUGCGCGCGCGCAGGCCACCGGACAGCCGCUGCCCGCGCACGUCUUCACGCACGUGAACGGCAAGCCGACCAACAUUAGCGGUAGAGGCGGCCGCAGACACGUCAUCUCCUGGAUGGACGCGCCAGACGACCUCUACUUCCGAGCGAAUGAGACCGCCAAAGUGGCGCGACGCAGCCUGUCGUGCGGUGAGCUGCGACGUGGCGCACGCGCUCCGUGGCGAGCGUUGCGCGGGGGCGCCGCCGCCCCCGCACCCCUACACCAUGGAGGCGCUGCUCGGCUGAGCGCGCCCGCUGUAUAUUCGCGCUGUACAUACCCCGCGAGGCCGUCGCCGUCGCCGCCGCCGCCGCCGGGGACCGAACGAAGAUUGUAUUUUUGGUAAUCGAAUCGCCGAGGACGGAUUCUGUAGAUAAUAUUUUAAACUAUAUUGUUCUUAUGUGGUUUGAUCUGGCGUCGAGCAAAAUAAUGUAUUUGAUACAUAAAACGAUAUGUAAGUCUAAUUCAUUCGGAGAUUCAUUGUAGGAUAAUUUACAAUUUUUUUCAUAAAUAAAGCACAAAUUGAAAUA